AUGGUCAUUAAAUGUGUAUUAGUCCGAAUCAUAUUAUCAAUAUUAGAAAUAAACCAAUUUUAUCGUCAAUUCUCUGACAUUCAAAGUCGGGUGAUCAAUAUCACAAGGUCGGUAGGAGAAGGAUUUGUGGUGGGAGCAAUGAAUAAAAUUUUAGUAGUCGCGGUAGGAGAAGUAAUGAUUUUAUAA